AAACAAAUCAAGUCACAAAAAUGCAAACAAAGAUCUGGACAAGUGGCACAUAACCAAAUAGUUUCCCUCUUCUUGCCACCACCACCAUAUGAUAACUGACAUUACAAAUCAAAUUUUUGUAUUUAUCAACUGAAAAUCAGAUAAAGGAUCUUUUUGUUGAGUACUUUGGAGCUUUAAGGUCUUUGAGGUAUGGAAGUUUUAGUGGAAAAUACACACUGAAAGUUUGCUAAUGUAAACUGUUUUGAGACUGAUUUUGAAUGCUCAUGCAAAAUUGCUACUAAGACAUAUGGGAUUAGUCUAUUCAUAACUGAGCCAUAGAACCAUCUAUUUUGGAGCAUUUGAUGAUAGUGAGUGAGUCUUAUCAAGGGAAUUCCUUGAUGGGGGGUAUUUGUUCAUGUAAAAGAGACCACUAUGCUGAUGAGAACGUAACUAGAAGAGGCUUAGCUACUAGAUAUUUCAAAUUUGGGAGCUCAAAAUGGCUAGAGUCCUCCCUUUUUCUGCCCGGCCCGUGUUGUCAACUUCAACGAAGGAGUUGUCCGUCCCUCAUGGAAUUAUGCAGUCGUAAAAUAUGUGAGGACAUCAACAAAUAUCGUUCAUUUUCGAUCCUCCCGAGGGACAUAAGCCAGUUGAUAUUCAACUAUCUGGUCGACUCAUGCAGCCUCUCUGAUAACUGUAUUGAGGCUUUCAGAGACUGCGCCCUGCAUGAUAUGUGCAUGGGAGAAUGUACGAGAGUUAACGAUAAAUGGUUGGACGUCAUAUCUUCACAAGGAUCGUCAUUAUUAUCUGCAUAUAUCUCUAGCACUGAGGUUACAGAUUUUGGUUUAAGCCUCCUAAGGAAUUGCUCAAACCUCCAAGCUUUAGGUUUGGAUUGCUGCGACAAAAUUUCUGCCCAUGGCAUAAAGCACAUCACCGGUUUUACAAACUUGACAUACUUGGGUUUUAGAAAAUGCUGUGGGCUUAGUGCUGAAGCAAUGAAAAGUUUAUCCAGCUUAAUGAAACUAGUCAAGUUGGAUUUUGAGCGAUGUCCUGGAAUUCAUGGAGGCUUUAUCCAUCUUGAAGGUUUGACGAAUCUUGAGUCUCUCACUAUAAGAAGCUGCAAGUCUAUUAUGGAUUCAGACUUGAAGCCUUUUGCAGGGCUCGUGAAUUUGAAGGAACUUCAGAUUUCAUGUAACGACAUAACAAAUGUUGGAGUGUCUUAUUUGAGAGAUUUGGACAAACUCAUUGUGCUAAACUUGGAAGGGUCGGAUGUUACUGCUUCAUGUUUGGAUUACCUCACCGCUUUCACUUCACUGAAAUCUCUAAAUCUCAAUAGAUGUCACCUAACAGAUGAUGGAUGUGAGAAGUUUUUGGCACUCAGCAAUUUGAAAGAGUUGAAUCUGGGAUUUAACAAUAUCACUGAUACAUGUUUGGGACAUUUAAAAGGGCUGACAAAAUUGGAAGGCCUCUACUUGGAUUCUUGUAGGAUUAGCAAUGACGGUCUUGCUCAUUUAGCUGGCCUUUCAAACUUGAAAGCUUUGGAGCUGUCUGAUACUGAAGUUGGAAGCAAUGGAAUUCUUCAAUUCUCUGGGUUGACAAAGUUGGAGGAUCUCAAUCUCUCGUUCACCUCAGUAACUGACAGUGGUUUGACAAAGUUAUCUGGAUUGACUUCUCUUAGGUCACUUAACCUUGAUACUCGUCAAAUCACAGACUCGGGGCUCGCAAUUCUCACCACAGGUUUAACUGGAUUGACUCACCUGGAUCUCUUUGGUGCUCAGAUCACGGAUUCCGGGACAAAGUAUCUGACAUAUUUCAGAAGUCUCCAAUCGCUUGAUCUCUGUGGUGGUCGGUUGACGGAUGCUGGUGUCAAGAACAUAAAGGAUCUUUCUUCUCUGAUGUUGCUGAACCUGUCACAAAACUUGAAGCUAACAGAUACAGCCUUAGAGUUUCUAUCAGGAUUGACAUCACUGGUUUCUUUAAAUGUUUCAAACUCUAGUAUCACCAAUGAAGGCUUGCAGCACCUGAAGCCUCUCAAGAAUUUACGCUCGCUGUACCUGGAAUUUUGUGGGGUGACAGCAUGUGAAAUCAAGAAACUUCAAGCUACAGCGCUUCCAAAUCUUGCGCGAUACCGCCCUGAUCAAUGAUAAUAGGUUAUCCUGGAUGUAACAUUAUAGAUGGACAGCCUUUUUGGUGUGUAAAUAGACAGAAUAACACCAAAUGGUUAUGAUCUGCACAUAUAGUUUACUCUGUUUGUUGUUUAAUACUGUUAGUAUCACCAAUGAAGGCUUGCAGCACCUGAAGCCUCUCAAGAAUUUACGCUCGCUGUACCUGGAAUUUUGUGGGGUGACAGCAUGUGAAAUCAAGAAACUUCAAGCUACAGCGCUUCCAAAUCUUGCGUGAUACCGCCCUAAUCAAUGAUAAUAGGUUAUCCUGGAUAUAACAUUAUAGAAGGACAGCCUUUUUGGUGUGUAAAUAGACAGAAUAACACCAAAUGGUUAUGAUCUGCACAUAUAGCUUACUCUGUUUGUUGUUUAAUACUGUUAUAUCCGAUAAAUAGACAGAAUAACGCCAAA